AUGCCAGUUCUCGACCUUAGAUCUGGCUAUUCAUCGGUGCCAAAUCGUCAACGUCGCACCCGAUCAAGCUCUCUUCCUACGAAGCUGCACGAUUACAAUGUAUCAAGAUCCGCCUCUGUACCACCUUUGUGGAAGCCACAUCCUGAAGCUGACUUAGAAUCUGAGUCAAAGCCAAGUCUCAGUGAAUCUCGACGCGAUCGUCUUAUGUAUCCGAGACAGCUGUCAGCCUGUCAUUUUCAUUUGUACGGUGCUAGGAACCUAUCAAGAAGAAGACGUUCUACUCGAAAACAACCAACAGCUAUCCCCAUUCCCACACGGGGAGCACAAGAGUUACCUGAGCAAUGGAUCAGGAGAGGAAAUUCGCGUCGUCAUGAUUAUCUGAAAGGAGUUCGUUCUCGACUGCAGAGUAAAGCACAGCACCAUAUCCCUGUCGUUUGGUGUGUUAGGUCUGAUCACAACCCUUCAUCGCCCAUUGAAGAAAUCGAAAUGGAUGAAGAAAUAGUGGAAACACAACCUAUCAGAGUCAGUGAAACUCGCGAGUGCCCGUUGAAGUAUCCAAUCGCAGUGUAUAACCCACCACCUAACUGGAAUGCGUUCAUGGAAUGGAAACAGAGAGAAAAACGUACCGUCAGUUUGAGCGAAAGUUUGGAUCACCCGUCUGAGCCCUCGGCGUUUCAACGCGUUCUCCAGAGACCGCAACCAAUCUAUCUUAACAGGCUUGAUGCACUUCUGGCUUCAGAUGAUGAUGAGAGAGUACCAGAAUGGCCUCUCCUGAGGCAACUUCGUGAAAUGGAGCGUGAACUGCUGGCCGCAGGCAAUCCUAUUGCAAUCGAACGGCAAAGAAUU